AUGGCCCUCAUCGGUAACAUUAUCGCGCAAGCCUUCGCCGGAAACCCCGCGACGGUCAACUAUGCCAUGUGGACGUCGUCGUUCUCGCUGCUCACGCUCUUCUACCUCAUCCCGGCGUCGUUCAACCCCGAUUGGGCCAUCCACCCGAUCAUCAUGAUCGUCCUCGACGCUCUGAACUUCUGCUUCUUCUUCUCCAACGCGAUUGCUCUCGCGGCUAGACUUGGGUGCCACAGCUGCGGCAACCAGGAGUACAUCCAUAGCAACGAAAUCACCAACGGAUCGGACAACCCUUCGAAACGCUGCCGGGAGGCUCAAGCGUCAGUGGCAUUCCUCUGGUUUGCGUGGGCUGGGUUCGCCGUCUCACUGGUCCUCUCGAUCCUGCAGUCCCGCCGCUCUGGCGCCAACCUGCGUCCUCGUGUUGGCCCUGCCCGCGGCAGCCGUCCCGGCAUGUCGCAGGUCUAA